CCUCUUCUAGUCUUCUGCUGCGCGACUUCACCUUCCAAUUGCAGAUGCUUGAACCCUAAAAUUCGCAUACGUAUAUUCUUCGCUUGUCGCGCUGGGGAUUCGACUCGGUUCUGUGCUAUUCACUUGAUCUAUUCUUUGCCGUCGCUUGUUCUAGUCUCUGCUGGAGUUAUUCUGUAUUCUCUUUCAUUUGGUUCUAGAGGUGUUCCUGUUCGUCGGUUGUUCUAGUCUGCUGGUCGACUCAGGGCUCUUGUUCUGCAAUGGAAUCCAGAUUCCAGAGGUCUUUACAUUGGGUGAGCCUGUCAAAAAGGAGAUAAGAAAGCGAUUAUUGUUAUAUGUGAAAGAGAUGUCAGGAAAAGGGAAAGCCAAAAUGACCCCAAAUGAGGAUUGUGAGAUCGACAAAGUUAAAUGGGAUGAUGAGAAAACUCGAUGCUUGAUAGAUUUAUGUGUUGAGGUUAUGAAAGCUGCAAAGCGAGUUCCUGGCACUCGAAUCCCAAAAUUAGAAUGGGUAGAUAUUGCCAUCGAAUUUAAUAACAGAACAGGUUUUAACUAUCCUAGACGGUCCUUAAAAAAUAAAUGGGAUAUGCUGAGAAAGCAAUGGACCUUGUGGACAAACAUGGUUGGUAAAGAUACAAGUUUGAGAUGGGAUUCUGUGAGACAAACUGUGGAUGCAACUGAUGAAUGGUGGGAGGAAAAAAUCAAGGAGGAUAAGGACUAUGCAAGGUUCCGCAAACAUGGUUUUAAAAAUAAAGCAGAUCUUGAGUUUUGUUUUACAGGGAGCUAUGCUACUGGAUCAUCAUGCCUAGCACCUCCAAUGCUUGGUGAUGGGUUGGGUACUUGGUUUGGGGAUGAUACAAACAUACCAGAGCAAACGAAUUCUGUUGUCAACCUUGAAGCCACACCAAUCACAAUCAAUUUGGAAGGCGCAGUUGAUGAGAUUUCUUCUCCAAGUUCGCCAACAAAAAAUAUUCCAUGUACACCUUCACAAGUGUCUAGAUCAAGUGGUAAAAGGUCAUUCGAGGGAUCUGCAAACAAGUCCAAGAAGAAGCCAUCAAUAAACAGUGUAGACGAACGUGAGGCAAUUGCGAGACUUGUUACUGCAGUUGAAACUCAGGUUGCUUUCAAUACAAAAUCUCAAUGGAGUGCUUCGAAAGAAAGGGCUGAAGUUGCCAUGGACAUCUUAAAAGGUAUGAAGAGAGCGCAUCCAAUUUCUAAUAAGCUCUAUUUCUUUGCAAUGGACUUAUUUGCAGACAAUCAUGCAAGGGAUAUGUUCAUUGCUUGUGAACCAGAAUUACGAUUGGCUUAUCUGGAACAUAAAUUCCUCCAAAGCGUUAGCGGGCAGCAGUUGGGUGAUUUAUGAAUUUUGGUUAACUUGGAACUUAACAUAAAAUUUGUACUUCAUUUGUAUAAUUAUUAUGCUUAACUUGUGUGUUAUUUCGAUGAAGAGUUGAAAGGGAGGUUUUAUGAAUUUAUAUUGGUAGUUAUGAUUAUGAACAUGUUAGGAAUUUUAGCAUAAUGCUCCGCUUGUUAGGCGGAAAACAUGUAUUUUGGAAUAACUUUUCUUAUUUUCCAGUGUUUGAUUGGGGAAAAAUAAGAAU